GCGCGCGCUGCUUCCGGGGCGGGGCCCGGCGGCGUGCUCGGCCGGCCGUUCCGCAUCCGCCCGUCUGUCUGUCCGUGCGUUCUGAGCGCGCGGCCGCGGGAGGCCGGAGGCGGCGGGCCCAGCAUGGGCCGGGCCGGGGGCGAAGGCUGCACCCCGCGCCCCCCGAUCCGCGCGCAGCCCGCGUCCGAGCGCCGCGUGGUGGCCGUGGUCUUCCUGGGCCUGGUGCUGGACCUGCUGGCCUUCACGCUGCUGCUGCCCCUGCUGCCCCGGCUGCUGGAGAGCUUCGGCCGCGCCCAGGACCCCCUCUAUGGCUCGUGGCAGCGCGGGGUGGACUGGUUCGCCACGGCCAUCGGCAUGCCCCCGGAGAAGAGGUACAACAGUGUCCUGUUCGGAGGCGUCGUCGGCUCCGGCUUCUCGCUGCUGCAGUUCCUCGUGGCACCGCUGACCGGGGCCGCCUCUGACCGCCUGGGGCGGCGCCCGGUGAUGCUGCUGGCCCUGCUGGGCCUGGCCACCUCGUACGCCGUGUGGGCCGCCUCGCAGAGCUUUGCUGCCUUCCUGGCCUCCCGGGUGAUCGGUGGCAUCAGCAAGGGCAACGUGAGUCUGUCCACGGCCAUCGUGGCCGACCUGGGCUCGCCUGCAGCCCGCAGCCGCGGCAUGGCUGUCAUCGGCGUGGCCUUCUCGCUCGGCUUCACGCUGGGCCCCCUGCUCGGCGCCUCCGUGCCCAUGGACGCGGCACCCUGGCUUGCCCUGCUGUUUGCCGUGUCUGAUCUGCUGUUCAUCUUCUGCUUCCUGCCAGAGACGCUGCCCCCGGAGAAGCGGGCACCCUCUAUCACCUUGGGGGUCCGAGCUGCCAGCGACCUGCUCAGCCCCCUGGCCCUGCUCCGCUUCUCAGCCGUGGCUCACGGCCAGGACGCACCCACUGGAGACAGGCUCCGCACCCUGCGCGGCCUGGGCCUGGUCUACUUCCUCUACCUGCUCCUGUUCUCGGGGCUGGAGUACACGCUGAGCUUCCUCGUCCACCAGCGCUUCCAGUUCAGCAGGUGGGUGCGCAGCCCGGCCUCGGCGGGACCCCCGGGACACCCCCUUUACCGCCCUUGGGAGCCCGUGCCCAGGGCCCAGCCGGGCGGGCCGAGUGUGCGUGCAUGUGCGUGUUCCAGACGUGUGCGUGCAUGUCCGGGCCCGUGUGUGUGUGUGUCGUGUCCCCGUGGCACUCGCACCCCCUCCCCGCAGCUUGCAGCAGGGGAGGAUGUUUUUCUUCAUCGGCCUCACCAUGGCGGCCGUCCAGGGCGCCUACGUCCGGCGCCUGAGGCCGGGCCGGGAGCUCGCAGCUGCGAAGCGGGCCAUCGUGCUGCUGGUGCCCGCCUUCCUCCUGGUCGGCUGGGGGCGCUCGCUGCCCGCACUGGGCCUGGGGCUGCUGCUCUACUCCUUCGCGGCCGCCGUCGUGGUGCCCUGCCUGUCCGCCGUGGUCGCCGGCUAUGGCGCGGCCGGGCAGAAGGGCACUGUCAUGGGCACGCUGCGCAGCCUGGGUGCCCUGGCCAGGGCCUUGGGGCCACUUGCAGCUGCCUCAGGGUACUGGCUGGCCGGGGCCCGCACCUGCUUCUCCGUGGGCGCCGGGCUCUUCCUGGCCCCCUUCCUUCUCCUGCGGACCCUGAGGCCGCCACCGCCCAAGGCCGAGUAGCGGAGCCGUCCCCAGCCCCAACCCCGAGGGCCUGUGGUGGGGGCAGACUGGGCCGGCUCCCCCCCCCCCAAGACUCCCCGUGCCCCGCGGGACCCCCUGCGUGGGCCAGGCCCUUCUGCCUCCGGCCUUGCACUGCACUGUCGUCCACUCCAAGCAGGGGAGCCCAAGGCCUUCCUGGCUUUGCCUUUGUUUUUACCCCCGGCCCACGCUCAGCAGGUUGAGUGUGACAGACAGAGCUGCUGCUUUACUCCCUGCGCCCUGCUCCCGGGCACAGCCUGGCUCGCUGCGCUCUGUCCAGGGAGACCCAGGGCUGGGAGCCACAGUCGGACCUAGACAGUUUCAAGGUUUCGUUGCCCAGCAGGGUGGAACGCUCUUCCCAAGCCCAUUUCCCCUUCUGCAGUGAGGGCCCCCCCCCCCAGCCUGGGGUCGCCACUGAGAGGUGCUCUCUGGCGCGUCCCCGGCCCCCCGGGAGCCCACUGCUGCCGGCCUCCGCCAGCGCCUGCAGAACCUGUCCCACGUCUCCGGUGGGCGGCACGGUCCGGGGGCAGGGGGUGUCCUCUGGGGCCUCGGCUUGUCACGGGGAAGCUUGGGGUUAGGAAAAGGCUUUCCCCAAGCCAAAGCUACAGACAAAAUCAAGAAACACACUUGGAGGACCUUGUCUUGGAGCAGGAGACAAACUUCUGGAAAUUCUAUUUUAAAGGAAUAAAGAACAAGGAAUUAUGUAAAAUUACUUCCCAGGCUUAGAUAAGGAAACUGCUUAAAGAAUUUUAUUUGUGAAUAAAACAAUGUUACAAGGAAGAAAGGAAGUACAGGACAUGUCCUCCAAAGUUUGUGUCCAUAUAUGCAACUAUAUUUCAUGUUGUGAUACAUACAAAGAAUUAAACUACAGAGUGAAAGGAGAAA